AUGCAGAGGCUUUUGUGCAGAAGACCUUCUUUCUCCGGCCACCUUAUCCCACCCAUUAACAUGCCCCUCUCGCUGCCCCACUCGAAACCCAGCUUUCUAUCUCUGGGUUUGAGCAGCGGCGCCACCGCCAGAAUAAUCAAGAUGUAUUCCUCCGCCGCUCUCCCCCAUCCUCAUCCCUCACGCCCCCGGUCGACGAACCCCCUUCCGGUGGCCGCGCCUCGGGGACUCGGGCUCGGUGAAACGCGGACGCCCUCCUGCUGUUGUCGUCCCUGCGGCAGCUCCGUGGAGGUCGGCGGUAGUAAGCCGCUGAUUAGGGCGUGGGUGGCUCCGAAGGUGAGGAGCUACGAUGGGUUGGGUGGGGCCCACAGAGCUUGGUACGCGGCGCAGGCCGGUAAUUUGGAGAAGGAGGGUGGUGGGCUGUUGACGGCGAACGAAGUGGAGGAUGAUGACGAAAAUGUGAGAGGCAAGGUGCAGAGGAGGCAGAGAAUCGCCGGCGGCGGUGGUGGGGCGCCGCUGGCGGUGGCUGCGAGUCCGGAUUUGCUGACAAUACCUGGUGUGGGCCCCAGGAAUUUGAGGAAGCUGGUGGAAAAAGGAUUUGAGGGUGUAGCGCAGCUUAAACAGCUCUACAAAGACAAGUUUUCCGGUAAAUCCAGCGAGAAAAUGGUGGAGUACUUGCAGAGCUCUGUGGGCAUCAUACACAAGAACCAUGCUGAGAGUAUAACCACAUUUAUCAAAGAGAGUGUGGAUGAAGAAUUGCAGGAGAACGAUUCAAGGCCGGUCCAAAAGAAACGAAUCACUUUGUGUGUUGAAGGAAAUAUCAGUGUUGGGAAGACUACGUUUUUGCAGAGGAUAGCUAAUGAGACUCUGGAACUUAGGGAUCUCGUGGAGGUUGUGCCCGAGCCAAUCGACAAGUGGCAGAAUAUAGGGCCCGACCACUUUAACAUAUUAGAUGCUUUUUAUGCUGAGCCUGAAAGAUACGCUUAUACUUUCCAGAAUUAUGUGUUUGUCACUAGAGUUAUGCAGGAGAAGGAGUCAUCUGGCGGGGUUAAGCCCCUCAGGCUGAUGGAGAGAAGUGUUUUCAGUGAUAGGAUGGUCUUUGUGAGAGCUGUUCACGAGGCAAAGUGGAUGAACGAGAUGGAAAUCAGUAUAUAUGACUCGUGGUUCGACCCGGUUGUCUCGAGCUUGCCUGGUCUUAUUCCUGAUGGAUUUAUCUACCUCAGAGCAAGCCCUGACACUUGCCACAAGCGCAUGAUGUUGCGUAAAAGAGCCGAGGAAGGUGGAGUGUCUCUUGAUUAUUUGCGGGAUUUGCACGAAAAACACGAAAGCUGGCUUUUCCCUUUCCAGAGUGGAAAUCACGGGGUGCUCUCCGUGAGUAAGCUGUCGAGUAAUGUCGACUGGUCUUUGCAUCCUAAUAUAAGGGAUCGGGUUUUUUACUUGAAUGGUGAUCAUAUGCACUCGAGCAUCCAAAAGGUUCCUGCUUUGGUUCUUGACUGUGAGCCAGAUAUUGAUUUCAGCCGGGACAUAGAUGCUAAGCGAGAGUAUGCUCGUCAAGUUGCCGAGUUUUUUCAAUUUGUGAAGAAAGGAAAAGAAGAAGUCCCGGCUAGUGAUGCUAGACAAAAAGGUGAACGGAGCAAUGAAGGUCAGGUUAUACUGCCUCCACAUGGCAAUCUGUGGUUGCCCGGCACACAGCCCUUCCCGGAUUCUGCCCUUGAGUCUCUCGAUUUUAGACGAGCCAUGUCAUCUUUCGUGCCUCAGUAA